UUAUUAAUUUCAUAAGAAAUUUCUUGGGCGACUAUGAAAGUUGUAGAGACAACAAUUGACUUUGAAGUCAACUCAGUCUGUCUUGCAUCCUCAACCUCAUAUGUAUAAAUGCUAAAUAAUGUCUCUUUGUUUUUCAUAAGUUUUAGCAUUUGGGUGGGAUUAUAACAGCUCUUUGGAGAGAUGGCGGAAAUCCUACCAAUCGGUACUUUUUUAGCAGUGGCCAUAAACCAGGUCAUCAAAACGGCUCAUGCUGCCAAGGAUGUAGUUAUCGAAAAGGAGAGUUUCAGGGUCCUCUCGGCUCACCUUUUUGAUAUUGUGAAUGUCCUGAAGGAACUCGAGCAAGGAACAUUAAACGAUUCAGCAAUCACAAGGAAAGCUCUUGAGAACCUUGAGGCAGAUGUGAAAAGGGCGAAUACCCUUGUAGAAAAGUACAAGAACCGAGGUCGCUUUUACUUGCUGAUAUGGUGCAGACACAUAGUCAAAGAGGUACAAGGGGUAACAAGAGAUAUUGGCAAGUCUUUGAGCACUUUAUGCCUUGCAAACAAUGAUAUCUUAUCGAGUAUAUCUGAUCAAGUAAGUCGGUUACAAAAUGAAAUGCAACGAGCUGAAUUCACUACCUGUCAAUCUCAGAAUCAAAUACUUGACAAGUUGAAUCAGGGCCUCGCAAGUCAAAAACUGGAUAACGGUUUUGCAAAUGAUAUCAUUGAAGACAUAGCUCGAGCUGUAGGAGUGAUGGUAGACCCGUCUGAAAUAAGGAAAGAGUUAGAUAGCUUUAGAAGAGAUAAAGAAGAGGCAGAAAACAGAAAAGAGCGGGCUGAGGUUUAUUUCUUGGAACAGGUUAUCGAGCUGUUAUCACGAGCAGAUGCUGCUCAAGAUUAUGAGCACGUGAAGGAUCAGUAUAUGCAAAGGCUACGUGUAAUCGAGGGCCAUGAUUCAAGACAAGAAUCUAUUCCACCUUAUAAGGCUUUCAUUUGUGGUAUUACUAAAACUGUGAUGGUUGAUCCAGUUAGUCUCUCUAAUGGUACUGCAUACUCCAGAGUGGCUAUUGAAGCAUGGUUCGGGUCUGGAGAAAAAACUGAUCCUGUUACGGGGGAACUUCUUGAAGAUUUGUCUAUCAGGCCAAAUCUUCAGUUGAGACAGUCAAUUCAAGAGUGGAAAGAGCUGGAUUACUGCAUGAGAAUUCGAUCCUGCAAGCCAAAAUUGCUGUCAGCAAAUGAUUCAUCUAUUAAAGAUGCAGUUUCCGAAAUACAGGAGCUUAUAAAAGAGAAUUCGAUUAAUAAAUAUUGGAUUUCCAUUGGUGGUCUCACUGAAAUGCUCAUUAACAUCCUUCCAAACUUGCAUAACCAGCAAGUCAAAACAGAAGUACUACGGACGUUGAAGGAUGCUGUUGAAGGACAUACAAGAAACAAGGAUCUCUUGGUUGCACAUAAGGGGUUUUGUGGCAUUGUUCCGUGCUUAGGGUGCGAAUUAAUUCUAACUAAGGCUGCAUUAGAAUUGAUACAUGAAUUAGUGAUUGAGGACCCAGGUCAAAAUAUGGACUAUACCCGAGAACUCUCUCGCCAAUGUAAUCCAGUUUCUUUUCUUAUAUCCAUCCUGAAAGAUUCAGAGCCGCCAUUAGUUGAGAAAGCACAGGAAAUCUUGCAGAAACUUGUAGAUGUUGACGAACAAAAUAUUAUUCGGGCUGCCAAAAGGGAAUGGUAUGGGCCUCUUGUCCAUCAGGUUAUUCAAGGUUCAAAACCAACUAGAAUGGCGAUGUUAAGAGGGAUUGUUAAUCUGGAGCUUGAAGAACAUAACACAAAGCUUCUCUGUGAGCUAGGUUUGAUUCCACCCUUGCUGGAAAUGGCAUCUGCUGAUCUUGAAGCCAAAGAAUUAUCAUUAUCUAUGCUCAUAAAGCUUCUAACAACUUCAGAGAACAAACAAAUCUUCGCAGCUGCUGAUGCAGUUCCUCUAGUGGUAGACCUCACGUUUUCUUCCCCUUUACGAAUCCCCAUUCUUGCUAAAUGCUCAGAGAUCCUAGAAAAGCUUUCUUCUAAUGGUGAUGGGAUCAAGUUUCUUGUUGAUAUGAAUGGAGUCCAACUGAAUCUCAAGUCACUAGUUGAGAGUUUAUUAGCUUUUCUACGGAAUACCCACUUACCUUAUACUGUUUUAAGGCCUGUUCUACGUGCACUUUGUAAAAUAUGUGAUUCAGAAGCCGGGCUAGUGAAAACUGCAGUUCUUACUGCUAACGGUGUUUCUCUUGUCUUACCUCUUCUUGAUCAUUCAGAUAGUGAAACACGUGAAGCCGCCAUCAACCUCCUCUUUUUAUUCUCCAAUCAUGAACCACAAGGCGUGGCGGAGUUCCUCCUAAAGCCAAGAAGAUUAGAGGCGUUUAUUGGUCUUCUAGAAAGUUCUGAAAAAAGUAAUGUACAGAAGGCAGCUGUUGGUUUGUUAGCAAACCUUCCAAAAUCAGAACUUGCGCUCACAAAGAAGUUGAUUGAAUUAGAAGGACUUAAAGCCAUUGUCGACAUAUUGGAAUCAGGAGAUACAGAAGCAAAAGAAAACGCUUUAAGUGCUCUUUUCAGGUUCACGGAUCCAACUAAUAUCGAGGCUCAAAAAAUUGUGGUUGAACUUGGGACGUAUAGUUUACUUGUGGGUUUUCUUAAAAAUGGCACCGUUACGGCAAAGGCGCGAGCUGCUGCUCUCAUUGGUGAUCUUUCCAUGAGAAGUUCUGAACUCACCAUGACAUCAAGAAAAAGUCAAUGGUGUUUGUGUUUUGGUCAAGGCAGGGCCAGCAAAUGCCCAGCCCAUGGAGGGAUAUGCAGUGUAACUGAUACAUUUUGUCUCUUGGAGGCAAAAGCAUUACCCGAGCUGGUCAAACUUUUACAUGGGGAGGUCCAUGCCACAACCUAUGAAGCAGUUCAGACACUGUCAACUUUGGUAGAAAAGGAGUCACCUCGCAGAGGUGCACAUGUUUUGCAUGAGAAUGGGGCAGUGGUUCCUAUUUUGGAGGUUUUGAACUGGGGUUCGGAAUCUUUAAAGGUGGAAGUGUUAGAUGUGCUAGAGAAAAUAUUUACAUUGAAUGAAAUGGUUGAGUGGUAUGGGUCAACGGCUAGAAUACCUCUUGUUCGGUUAACUGGUGGUAGCAUUCAUGAAGAUGGACAUCUUCAUAGGAAGGCUGUGAAAGUGUUGUUGCUUAUUGAGCGUCAUUCACGUCGAUCCACUGCUGUUGUUAAUGGGAUAUAGUGGGUGAACAUUGUGAUUUCCGAUCUCUAAGGUGCAUUUUGACCACCCUUUCUGAACAAAAACUUAUAUUUCUGAAUUAACUUCAAUUAAUUCAGCAAUCACCCAGAAUCUAAUCAAUCUAAAUUGAUUAAACAAUACAAAGAAC